AUGGGAGCGGACAUCAGGACAGUGGUCCUUGCAUUGGGGAUCUCCAUUUUCAAACCUUGCCAUCGCAAAGUCUGUUUUCGUGCUGGGAAGAAGUUGUGUUUGAGUCUGAUGGUUUCUACUGGCUCCUGCACCUGUAAGCCUCUCAAUAAUGACAUUCAAAGAGGGGACCCAGAGGGAUUUUACUCUCAGCUGCCAGAGGAGGCUCUUCUGGAGGAGGAAGACAUGGACUCGAACAUGGAGAACCUCCUGGGAACCAUGAAGGAGGACUUUCUGAGGAAACUCAACCUGUCAGAUGUUCCUCAAGAGCACAGCAAGAUCUACCCUCCUCAAUUCAUGAUGGAGCUCUACAACAAGUAUGCAUCUGACAGCAUGGCAUUCCCUCAGUCUGAUGUCAUACGAAGCUUCACUGUUCAAGAUAUAACUCAUUCAAUGACAAAUGGCACAAAGUCAAAGCAAAGGCUGCUGUUCAACAUCAGCAUCCCCAGCCAUGAAAAGAUCACCACUGCUGAACUACAGCUUUUCUUCCUCCCGGAUGCCAGGUCAAGUGUCACCUCCCACAGUUUCAAGACCACCGUCAAAGUCUGCGAAGUGGAUUACAACGAUUUCAAAUCUACAACCCAACUACUGGUUGGCCGAGAGGUGACAGGGUUGCAGAGCACGUGGGUGACAUUGGAUGUGACUACAGCUAUUCAGAGCUGGAUCAUGUCAGGCCAUGGAAUGACUGGAUUUGAUGUAGUGGUGGAUGGAAAGGACUGUGGGCUUUCUGGAGAAGGAGCAGCUGGCUGUUUAAAUAUGAGUAUGUCUGUUGGAGAUAACACUUCAGCAGCUUUAAUAGUCUUCUCAGAUGACCUGGGAAGCAGGAAGAAGGAGACAAAGAAGGAACUACAAGAGAUGAUCCUGCAUGAAGAAGAAGCCAUCUUACACUCAGGUGCUGACUGGAACAGAGGGGAUGAACUUCAAAACCAGAUUCUGGAGGCUCAGCACCCACGGAGGAGGAAAAGAAAGGCUGAGAGGGAGUACUGCAGACGGACCUCGCUCAAAGUAAACUUUAAGGAUAUCGGCUGGGACAGCUGGAUCGUGGCACCUCCAGAAUAUGAUGCAUUUCAAUGUCGAGGAUUGUGUUACCACCCACUGACGGAUGAAACAACCCCGUCCAAGCAUGCCCUCAUCCAGACGCUGAUCAACAUCAGGAACCCCAAGAAGGCCAACAUGGCGUGUUGUGUCCCCAUCAAACUGGACCCCAUCACUGUCAUGUAUCAGGAGAAUGGGCGCCUCACUAUCAGAUACCUAUAUGAGGAGAUGAAGGUGGCAGAGUGUGGGUGCAGGUAGAAUUGGUGUAAACUUGUUGCAUCACAGACGAUUGUAAUGGUUUUGCUGCAUUUAAUUCAUUACAGGCUGAUGUUCACUGGUGAUAGGUCGUAUAACAACCUCCAUACCCAUAUUUUCCAAACAAAAUAGAUCCAUAUGUGAAACUGAAAAAAGACAGCUUUUUAAGGUUUUUAGCUUAACACGACAAAACAGAAAACCAUAAAAAUCAGAUGUUUACAUAAUAUAUUUAAUACACAUUGAAAAGCUUGACCAUAUGUCUUGCUGUUUCAAUUUAUGGUAUUUUGCCAGUAGAAGUGUAUUAUUUUUUAUGUAGUCAAUGAAAAAAAAGAAUAAAAAAUGACAAGUAAGAACUACAAAAGAAAUUUUAAAAAACAUCCAUACAUUUUUUUUGGAAACCAGAUCCAUUAGCAAUGCCAUGUUUGUAUUAAGUAAUUUCGAUUAUAUGUGAGGUGUAAAAUUGACCUGUUGGCAGUAGUAGGAUGACAUUUAAUCACAGCUGUUCAUCUGCUAAUCUUGUGCUAGACAUAAUGUAAAUCUGUACAUUACUAUUGUAAUUUGUUUAUAUUAAUAUAUAUAUGAAGUAGUGUGUAAGCACAUAGAGAUAUGGGAACUGUACAGUAUGCCUAGCUAUUAUGCUACAUUGCUGCUGUUGCAGCAGAUAUCAGGCAGAUAUCAUCCUUUUAAUAAAAAUCCUCCAAAUUCAUAGACAAGCUGCUAACCCUAAAAAAAUGAAACCAUAUACCUUCUAGCUGAAAGAUUUUACUGUAUAUCUCAUGAUGUCUACAUGUUAUUUCUGAUGUUUUCCAACCCUGAAAUAAAUUAAAAAAUAUCUAGAAAAAUCUGUGUCACAAAAAUAAAUUUGCAAUCACUCAUUUCAUUUACAUUGCUCAUCACAUAUAUACAGUAUUCGGUAACAUGCACUCUCACAAACCUAUUUGAUGAAGCCUUCUAAAUUCUAUACAAAUACAAUUUACCACGGCUGACUUGUUGCCUACUUUUGCUCCUAUUUUAAAUAAAAUAAAUGUGAUCAUUAAACAAAUAGGUCUCUCCAGAAUUACACUCUACUGAAAACUUUUCCCACAAUCAUGCCUCACUUAAAACUCAAAAACAUUUCAGUCACUCCACUAAUUCCAGCUAAUUAUUUGCUUCCCACAGGAUUUCACUGGGUGAAAGUCAUACAGUUUUACAGCAUACAGUAACUGCAGUUAAACUGAAUUAAAGUUUCAUACAUGAUGCAUUUUCAAUUGUAACAGAAACCUCACAAGAGGAGGUAACGAUUUUAAUAGCAUGUUCAAAGUCACUUAUUGUGACUGGUUGAGUGGAUCCUUUGCUUUCAGUUAUCAAGAUAACAAUUGAGUGUAACAGAAGAGAUUUUUUAUCUUAUGCUGAUAUGUUUUAAAUGUGUCAGGGAGACAGAUUUUCCCCUCUCUACAAAUUGUACUGUCUAUAAUUAACCAUCAUCUGUGGAUCUUUGCAGCUGUUUGUUCUGGGAAUGGUUCCAAAGGAUUACCAGUUGGGAGAAAAUUGUAUUUGUGCGUGUGAUUUACGUUCAAAUUCUCUUUUAGGUUUUGCCCAUAGCUGUGAACAGACCACAGUGAGUGCAGCUGUGCUUUAAAUCUGACCACCCUGUCAUCCCCUUGUAGUGAAUGGUUGACACCAGCUGAAAAAGUUCCAGU